AAUCCAGCCGGCGGGCCGACUCCCGGCGACCCCCCAGGAUGCCAGAGGCCGGGAACUCCUGCCAGGACCUCACGCGAUGGAAGAAGAAGAAGCCGCCGGUCCGCCGCACGGUCAGCCAGAUCUGCCCACCCCCGCGGCGGCCCCUGACCGUGGCCGACAUCCGGCCGGGCAUGGAGAACGAGAGGCUGGGGGUCGUGCGGGAUUCCAUGUUUCAGAAUCCGCUCAUCGUCAAGGCUGAGCUCGGGAAGCCCCGGGAAAGAAGCUGCAGUCUGCCCGGAAUUAAUUUUAAUUACGGGCUCUACAUCCGGGGGCUGGAUGGAGGGGUCCCUGAAGCCAUUGGACACUGGAACGUGUAUAAACAGCAGCCGACCUGCCCCCACGAGCUGACCCGGAAUUAUAUCGCCAUGAACCGAGGGGCAGUGAAGGCUGGCCUGGUCACCGCCAGGGAGAAUUUGCACUACCGUCAGCUCAACGACAUCCGCAUCAGUGACCAGGAUGACAGGCGCCUCAAGAAGGAACCGCCCUCCCUCCCUCCAAAUAUGACCUUCGGGAUCCGGGCACGGCCUUCCACCCCCUUCUUUGAUCUGCUGCAGCAUCGGUACCAGCAGCUGUGGGUGCAGGAACAGAAGGCCACCCAGAAAGCCAUUAAACUGGAGAAAAAGCAAAAGGUGAUCCUCGGGAAGCUCUACGAGACCCGGAGCAGUCAGCUGAGGAAGUACAAGCCGCCUGUGAGGCUGGACGCCCUCUGGCACAUGCCUCACUUCCAGAAGGUGGGCCCCCAUCUCGCGACCUUCCCCACCGAGGCCGAUCGCCAGAGAGCCUUCAAAGCCCACCGGGAAGAGUGCGCCGUACGCCAGGGGACCCUGAGGAUGGGCAACUACACCCACCCCUAAAGCCUGUCUGAUGCGGUAGAAAAUUCUCUGAAGGACUUGCCUGCCUUGCCCUAACUCACACAAAGACACUCCCCCACCGUUCUGCGGCUUCUGCCUCGGCCAGGACCUCAGAUUCGGGUCUUAGAUGACUUAUUUUUGCUAAGAGCCCACCUUUAGAGCUAGCCACACUCGCUCCCCUGAGCCCCAGCAACCCCUCACUUAGGCACUCCCCUCCUCCAGCGGGACUCUACUUUGCUUCUCAAGGCCCAGCCUGAUAAGAGAAACUCAAGUUUCAAGGCAGAUUUUAUAGGCUCCAGACUAAGGCUCUGUCCUCAAGUAUUAAAAACAACCCAUGUAUUUUCUGUAGAAAGUGUGACAGCAUCAUGCUUUGAAAGCCCUCAUUUCGUAUUGCAAACGUGAGCUUUAAUUUCUCUUUUUGGGAUGCCUGAUGUCUCUCCGUGGCAGUACUAUAUCUCUGGGACCCUUGC